AUGACAGGCAGUUAUCAGUUAAUCUCUGUCACCAACUUUGAAGAACCUCAACCCAAGCCGAUGGCCGACAUAGGUCUGGUGGAUCCACCGCACAGUUGGGCCGUUGUGCCUCCUCAGUACACUCUCAGUCGACAUGUAGAGGUUCUUAUUGCGACCAGUUCCACGAUUCUCGUGGUUGACAGCAAAGAAGUUCAGGAUCAGCUUUUGCAACAAGGUCCAUUCACCAAGAUGGCAGUAUCGCCCAAUGGAAAGUUUUUGGCGCUAUUCACAGCGGAUGGAAAGUUAUGGGUUGUUUCUACCGAUUUCCAAAAGAAUCUAUCCGAGUACGCUACAAAAUCCAAGAUCCCACCACAGCAACUCGUAUGGUGCGGUACGGAUUCGGUCGUGUUGUAUUGGGAUAAGAUCGUCCUAAUGGUGGGCCCGUUUGGUGAUUGGAUCAAAUUCUCGUAUGAAGAUCCAAUUUAUUUGGCAUCUGAAAUUGAUGGUGUCAAGAUCAUUAGCAACGACAAGUACGAAUUUUUACAAAAGAUUCCAGCGGCAACGGAAGAGAUUUUCAAAAUUGGGUCAACCUCCCCUGCGGCUAUGUUAUUCGAUGCACUGGAACACUACGAGAAAAAGAGCCCAAAAGCGGACGAGAAUAUUCGUAGUAUACGAACGGAAUUAGUAGAUGCUGUGGACUGCUGUAUAGAAGCUGCCGGAUUCGAAUUUCACCACUACUAUCAACGCGCGCUUUUAAAGGCGGCUUCAUUUGGAAAGUGCUUCCUCGAACAUUAUAAUGCCGAUCGAUUUGUAGAUAUGGCCCAAGCUAUUCGCGUUCUGAACGCGGUCCGAUUUUAUGAUAUUGCCAUUCCGCUGACUUAUGCUCAAUACAAGCGUUUGACACCGGAAGCACUGAUAGAUCGCCUCGUCUAUCGUAAUCACCAUUUACUAGCGAUACGGAUAGCUGAAUACCUCAAAGUUAGAACUGACAAGAUUUUGAUUAAUUGGGCUUGUGCAAAAAUCAAAUCGUCCUCGGAAGAUGAAGAAUCAAUUUGCCGCAUGAUUGUGGACAAACUUUCAGAUAAAUCGGGCUUGUCAUAUGCAGAAAUUGCGAAAACUGCAUACAAUGCCGGACAAACGCGAUUAGCUACCAAGCUUCUUGAUUACGAACCACGUGCAGCCGAUCAAGUGCCACUGUUGAUGUCAAUGCAAGAAGAUGAGACGGCUUUGGUGAAAGCCAUUGAAAGUGGCGACACAGAUUUAGUAUACCUGGUGAUUUUCCACCUUAAACGCAAGUUGCCCUUGGGCGAAUUUUUCCGCAUCAUCAACAAUAAGCCAUUAGCAUGCGAUCUUCUCGAGGUUUAUUGUAAAGAACAAGACAAGGAGUUGCUGAAAGACUUUUAUUAUCAAGACGAUCGAAGAAUCGAAAGCGCCAAUGUGAUUCUUUCUGAAAGUUUUGAAGAUCCGGAUGUUGCAGAACGAAUAAGCAAGCUAAAAAUUGCUAGUAAAAUGUAUGCCGAUGACCGCGAACGUGCAUUUGAAGCAAAGGCUGUGGAUGAAGCUGUGAAAUUAUUACAAUUUCAAGUUCAGCUUGAAAAAGAUACCCAUCAAUCAUUUAGCGGAUUAUCGGUGAGUGAAACGAUCCAGAAAUGUACCAUGCUAGGCCAUCACGGCAAAGCAACCAAGGUCAAAACCGAAUUCAAGGUACCAGACAAAAGGUUUUGGUGGAUUAAGUUACGGACAUUGGUGGAAAUCCGCGACUGGGAAAAUUUGGAAAAACUUGCCAAGAGCAAGAAAUCACCUAUCGGUUUUGAGAUUGGUGCAUUCAAAGAGGCAGGAGAACAAGCGUUCCUAAACAAGGAUAUGGAAGGAUUAAGACAAGUUCGUGCAAAAUGUACCAACCAUAUUGUGGCUCAAGAGCUAGAUUCCUUGCUUGCCCAGCUCUCUACCAAAUAA